AAUUUACGAGUGAAGAGCAGCCUCUGGGCUCCAUACGGAUUCUUUUAAUUCUCUGAGUUGUAUAUCGAUCCAAAGCAUAGGUUAAGCUUCAAUGCACUCUGACGCCAAACAUUCUUCGAACGAUUUCUCGUUUUCUUAUUCAAGAAAAUUAGAUUCCUAGCAAGAUGGCGAAAACGAAGGACGACGAGGGUGGUGCCUUGUUCUUCAGGGACGGUAUAGUUUACCGAGAAUGGGGUUACCGGCUGUCGAGCCUCGAGAGAUACCCCCUUGCGGAGAUGUAUUUCGAGAAGGCGAUUCAACAGGGCCAGCAAAACGAUCUUAGGACAUACGUUGGCCUCGGAAAAGUGCAACUUAAUUACGCCAGGUUCCGCAGAGCAUUGAAAACCACCGAGAAAUGUCUAAAAUUAGCGCAAUUAACUCGCUGUUUCCCGAGAUUGCUUUCAUUUCCAGAUCCGACCCAUUCCCAUGUGAAGCACAUGCAGUUGCAGACGCUAUUUUACAUCGGCGAAUUCGAACACAGUUUGGUACACGCUCAUCAGGGUUACCAGAAGUAUCCAACUACGUUCUUCCAGCAUGGAAUAUUGCGAGGUAACGAAACCAUCGAGGACUGCAUCGGCUUAGAUACCGAACCUAUGGCACUCGAACUUCUCUCUCCGUGGAUACGAGAGUUGCAGAUAUAUCGGGAGUUGCUGAUCGAGAAACUCAAAGAGGAAGUGGACGAGCUUGCAGGCAUAGAAGAGGAACAGACAAAGUUCAAAGUGAAUUACCCUGAAGCUCGAGCGGAAGCCGAGUUCAAAAGGAUGCAGCGUAUCCUCGGGCACUUAUAUCUUGGUUGCUUGGCGCACGAUAACGAAUUUUUGCAACACCUGUCCGAACAUCCGGAAAAACUGGAAUCCCCGAAUAAAGAGACCAGCGUGUUGCUUCAUCAAGUGAUAACGAGAAAUUACCGGAGAGGUAUCCGUAGGCAGAACGUGUUGCGAAUGCGACGACCACUUUACGUGAUGAUGUUCGAGAGUAGACGCAUACCUCCGGGUCACAAGAAGAUAUUGGAGAAUGAGAAGAAGCUGAGGAGGAACCUUAUCGUUAUCGAGGCAGACUUCCUGUUGCAUCGCCUGCACGAAAUUAGAAUGCGAAAAGACUACAUCACCUUUUUUGGAAUGGUGGACCGCGUGAAAGACAAGUUCGACUCGUAUUCGCUGAAGAUGUUUCCUCUAAAAGAGAAGUGUCUGAACGCGCUCUACAACAUGGUCGCGUGGACCUAUAUAGACACCCGCGAUUUAUCGAACAUACAGAGUAGACAACGUAAGAGAACAUACUUGAAACAUCAUCUGGGAAUUCGAGUUGCUGAGCUACCACGCGACAGCGACAUUGGCUGGUUAAAAGCGACCGAUAGAAAAGAAACUCUCAAGACCUACCGCAGAAGGUUAGCCAUGGCCUCGGAACCUUUGGAGCUAGCUUGGCUGUUCCACGAAUUCUCGAAAUACUUGAUCGACAUCCGUCGUUACGAUCUAGCCAGAUUCUAUGGUAAAAAGGCUCGAGACAUGGGGCAGGAAGCAGGCAACGAGCAGUGGAUGUUAAAUUCUCAACAUCUCUUCAUUCGGAUCGAAAUCAGUCAGAAUUACCGCAACGAAGCGAAAGAGGCGGCUCUUCUGGCAUUGUCCAGUGCUAAGAAACUUGGCCUCGACUUUCUCAUCGACUUCUAUAAAAGCGCGAUCGAGGUGAUCGACGACAUGGACAUGGAGAAGUUGUUGGCGUUCGACGCGAUCGCAGCGAGGCAACAGCUGAUAUUAAAUUUAAUGCCAGACGAUAUGAAAGCCGAGGUGGAUUUUCUUUGGAGGCGGAUGGACGCGGUUCCUGCGAACCGUAGAUUGUCGGUGAUGCCUGGCUGCAAGCCCGUGGAUCGCAAAUUCAAGCUGCCCUGCAAGAGGAUAACUAUAUUGCCCAGUCCUCCGCGAGACCCUGAGAAAGAGGCCAGGAAAGCUCUACUGGCGCAAUACGAGUCCUCCAAGGACAGACAUAGCUUCGAGGACUUCGAUGAAUAUGAAUAACAUUUAGAGUUUGGAGUCUCGUAAAUGUCAAUCCUAUUUCUCCGGUUGACCGUGUCACCAGGCUCGCGAGUACGAAGCAUAUCCUGGUCGAUGAACGAGAACCACAGCUUUGUCGAAGUGCUACAAGUUGCACAAGGACGGACUUAACGUCGUGUACGUUGAUGAAUAUGAAUGGCAAUGAUGAAGCGUAAAGUUACGAGUAUAGGUACUAAGUUUCGUUGAUCUCCGAUAAGAUUUUGAGGACUUUGAGAAGUUGAAACUGUUAUCCUUGACAAGCGUAUACUUGUUAUAAACUUUUGGACCAAGAUCGGGCCAGCCUUCGUUGCGCUUGGCUAGUUUCGAACUAUAAAGCCUUGGAGAUAGAUACGAAAUUUCGAUACGUGUUUAGGAAGCGAGAGUUUAAGAAAGUCGAAGAGGCUAGAACCGUCGUCGAAUCGAUAAAUGAAAAAUGAGGAUAUUCCUGGCUGUGCGAAAGAGAGAAUGGGAAAUUUCUUUGCAUUUUUUCACAGUCGAAUCUACGAUUAAAGCUUCAGAACUUCGAAAGAGAGUGGCGUUUAGCGUUCGAGUGAAUUUUUCUCGGUUCUUUAAGGGAUAAUCUUAGACGUUCUGGCGGUGCUGCAGCGUCGAUCUUCUUGAGAAUGGUUCUUUGAAAGCGGAAUGAGUAUGACAUAGCGCCGUAUUCGCUAGUCUGUAACGCUUUAUCUCCGCAUUUAGGUUUGCACAGAUGAAAAAGAUAGAAUUGAUGGUAGCUGGAUUUUCCGCGCAGACUCUGGAAAAUUGCGCCAGCUAAUAGGAUAAGUUCUCUCGUUGUCUGCUUGCGCUCUGUUAAAUGGAUAGUUCAAGUUCCUCUGUUGAAGUCCAUUGCAAAAAUCCGAUUGCAGAUCGAUUAACAAAAUUUGCGUUUAGUUCGCGAACCUAUACUCUGUUAAUGUAAUUGUAUAAAUUUAGCUCGCACCUGUUUCAUUGAUUUCUUUUUAUGAAACCAUUACUCUCGCUUGCCAAUUCGCAAUAAUAUUCAUUCUAUGUUGUAUGUGUAUGUGCGUGCGCGUAAGAGGAUUUAAAAAAUAUAAAUCGAUCUUUUCGAAAUAACUGAAAUUAUAGUAGAAUCCGGAUGCGUAAAGCUUCCCGUUUAUAUUUUCAAAUAUCGUAAAAUUAUAGUUGCAAACUUCAAAGUACCAUAAUUAUGGCAAAAUUCAGGCGAGAUUUCAACGAGACAAACGUCAGCGUCAGUUCAAACGUUGAUGGCGGUCCUCGCGAGUAGAGGCCUGAGAGGCAACUCGGAGGAUUUGAACGAUACAAGGAAAGCGGUGGAAAAUGCGGAAAGUCGCGCGCGUCUCGAUCACAAGAAAAGCGAUUGCAAGGUGGUCUCGAAGAAUAAUCGGGAAUACGCGCAAUCUUUGCAUCGCGAAGCUGAUCAACUAUACCGCAGGCAAGAUUUGCAAAAUUUUUAUAUUUUAUUCCCUUCAGAAGAUUCUACGAGGCUAACCACUCCGCCCAAGAAGUAACUUUUACAAAUUGGACAGUUGACGUUUUCAAUUUCAUUCACGAACUUUCGACAGUGUAAUUUUCCAAGCAAAUCUUUUCACUUUAAAACGCGACCUGGAAUAGCGUUCGUAUAUCGCGUUACAAUUUAUUUUGUAAAUGUUGAUACACCGAUGCUUUGAUAAAACUGAAUUUUUCGAGAAUACAGACAACAAAGCGUAGAAAAACCGACGAAGCAGCUGGUCGUGUUUGCGUUCGUUUUGUUAUCAACGUUCUACUAUCGUUUUAUCAACUUUCCCUUCGAAUCGAGUGGAAGCGGAAAUUUCAAGCCGAAAGUCGAAAUAGAAACUAAACCGCAAUUAUUGGAAUUGUUUCGCUUGAAAUUUAAUUGCGCGCUUUGGUCAGGCCUUUGCUACGCAUCGAUUUCAACGAUUUCAUCAGCGAAAUGAAUUUAUUUCUUUGAAAUGGCUGUACAGACUAUUAGAGAAACCGUGACUGUAUCGUUUAAUCAUUUUUGCAUAAUUAAUCGUGACCAGAGUGAAUGUUCCACCAUUAAAGACGUCAUGAUAGAAUUAUGUCGGUGACAAUGUUAGCUCUCGCAUCGAAAUCCAAUUGUCUUUUAGUAUGUUGCGUGUCGUUGAAAUUUAAUACGUUACGAAAUGCAUUUCACAUAUACAGAUGUGUAUCGUAAUUAAUGGAUUAGGUUUCUUCAUUCAUUGUACGUGUGGUAACGUUAUUUCAGAUCGUUAAAGUGAUCAUCGAUAAACUGUCGUUUGUUAAUAUUCAAAUUGUAUUUCGAUUUAAGGUAAUAUUCUUCGAUAAUAUGUUCAAAGGUAAAAACCUUCAAAAUAAUCUCCUCCGCAGUUCCAAAUACGUAACAACAAGCGAUACGAACGUUUCGAGUUGUACAAAGUCUUUGAUAUGGUACAUUCAAAGGAAUUACAGAGAAAUUAUUGUGAACAGUUUAAUCAGACCAUGGACAUUAUAGCAACGCUUCAAAACCACAUGAAUUUCACGCGAUAUAAUUUCGAAAUCACGAUCAGUGAAACUACGAAAUUGGAUAAUUUUUGUCUGCGUUAUUACGCUCGUGCAAAUAUUACAAAUUCUUUGUCAUACGAUCGGUAAGCAGACACGGUAGCACGUGUACAGCUCGAAACCGAAACCGAAACCGAAACCCGAGUGAUAGAACGUCCGAGGAAUUUACAGACAAUUGUAUUGAAACGCAAUGCACCAUGUACGUAUUCGUCUGAUUCAAACUAUGACAAAGCAUUAACUGAAAACUUUUCAUUGGCUACAUAUCUAAUUAAAUUUCCUAUUUCCAUUAUAAUCGUAUUUAAUAAAGAGCGAUUGGCGUGUGUCACCAAGCGCCUGUUCCAACCGUUGUAUUUUCCAUAAUUUCUGGCAUUUUGCGCGUGUACUCUAGGCGUCGGUUAAUUAUCGAAAUUAGCACAUCGCUACGGUACACAAGGCAACGACCGAUGACGCGGUGUUAAAGCGUUGUUUAAACAGAUCCUUGUCCUUUCCCCGUGAUUAAUCGUCAGU